UGAACUCAUGUUAACACAAGCAAUAUUAGCGUGGAUGUAGUUGUAUAUAUGAAGGUACAGGACUAUAGCUCAUUCUGUCGUAUAACAUGCGCUGUCAUAUAGAAUGUGAGCACGCUAGCUUGAAGUACCAUUUGAUGUUGUAAACAACUACAAGCACUUAGGCUACUGGAUAUGUGUGAACGCUUAUGGAUGUAUAAUUCCAAGUGUGUUUGACAUCGGCUUAUUGCGCAGACAUGCGGUGGAUCUUAUUGUUCUCCUGUACUUUUUUUUUCACCGGAAUCACUGCAGUAACGAUUAAUGUCACCAGCCCAGUUUCGGCUCGCUUGCAAGAGCCGGAAGUGACGUUGCCUUGCGAUUAUGAGCUUGAGAACCCGGAUGGUAAGUUCCUUAUUCGAUGGAAAAUAGAUGACGAUAACGUCCUGAUGAAAGACUCUGAUGGUGAAGUUCAUCAGGCAGACAGUUACAAAGGACGUGUUUUCUUGGGAAAUGCCUGCUCGUUAGUUCUGCUGAAGCCAAAGUUUGACGACAGCGGUUCCUUCGUUGUACGAAUUCUCGCUGCAGACGACACUGUCAAAGAUGUGACAGCUCGUGUGAGUCUGGUUGUUACGACAAAACCGUUAACUGACGGAACAAGUCACACACAACCGCACCAAGAAAGAACAACCACUGACAAGUCAUCCUCAGUUGACGAAGUGGGAUAUUUAUGGCCUGCCAUUAUCUUGUUAAUCUUGUCUACAAUCUGCCUGGCAAUUCAGUUUUCAAUCUCCAUAAAAGACGCCAUUUCCAUCCGCAGAGAUGAGACAAUCCAGCAAAGGAACAGACGCGUAUGUCGUUACAUCCUGUCACGUGCCGUGUUCGUCUUGUUUAUAGCAGUAUUCGUGGCGUCGGCGUUCGGAGUUGUGGAGAGAAAUACAGCCAUCCUAGCAGGUAGCGCCAGUACGUUCAUCAUCGCUGUUUCAAUUCAGUGUUUUUACAUGGCGAAGUAUAUGAAGCUCGAAUGAGGGAAUGUGCAAAAGAAUAUAAGGUCACGAAACAGCUGCUGAAGAAGUGUUUGUCUUCAGCAAUUCACUGUAUUUCCUUUUAGCUGUAGCGAGCAGCAUUAUGUCAUGCGGAACGGCGUUGUUGUUGUUCUUUUUUUUCUAAGUGUCCAUGAGUAUUGUUGAAGGGUGUUCGCGCAUGCUUGUGAGCGCAUCUUGGUAAUAUUUCUUGUUCCCCUUGUUUUCUUGUCACUGCAUGGUAGUGACGACAUGAAACGUUAUUGCAUAUUCAGGAUACCUAUUUAUUUUAACGUCCCUGUCAUAGUAUUAUACGUAGAUUGUACUAUUGCAAUGUUGUCCUUGUGCAGCAGAUCUGUUGGAAUGUCGAGAUAAAGUGCUGUCCCACUACAGGACCAAGCCGGACACCAGUUAUGACACCCCAAUAGUCCCUCUACAGGGCCAAGCCGAACACCAGUUAUGACACCACAACAGUCCCACUACAGGACCAAGCCGGGCACCAGUUAUGACAUCUCAAUAGUCCCACUACAGGACCAAGCCGAACACCAGUUAUCACACCCCAAUAGUCCCACUACAGGACCAAGCCGGGCACUAGUUAUGACACCUCAAUAGUCCCAUUACAGGACCAAGCCGGACACUAGUUAUGACACCCCAAUUGUCCCACUACAGGACCAAGCCGGGCACUAGUUAUGACACCCCAAUAGUCCCUCUACAGGACCAUGUCGGACACCAGUUAUGACACCCAAUAGUCACAUCACAGGACCAAACCGGACACCAGUUAUGACACCCAAAUAGUGCCUCUAGAGGACCAACCCGGACACCGGUUAUGACACCCCAAUAGUCCCACUACAGGACCAAGCCGGACACCUUUGACGUGAUUCAUCCAUUGCUACGAGGCCAGUACGACCUUCAACCUGGCCAGUAUGACUUUCAGUUCGGUCUGUGCAACCUAAAAGAAAAGACAACACCGGACAAAAUGUAUAUGACCAUUUUAAAGUAUCCCACAUAAUAUUUAAAGAGCAAAGCAUCUCACUUUUUUGUGGUGUGGCAUAACCUAGACGUUCAAGUUCAAAGUAAACAAAAUCGGGUACAUCGACAAAAUCGAGAGCGCCGACAUGUUUUCAAUUUUAACUAGUUUAGAGCGAGUUAUUUUCUUUUUCUGGACAAUUUGUAUUGGCAACCCGAACUGACUAAUGGCUUCCUCUCCGCCCAUAUAUUCUUGAGUAUGGCGUAAAACACCAA